CGGUAUUCUGUUUGUUAAUGGCAGGAUUGGCCUUGACUAUACAGGGUGGAUAUACUGGAUUAUGCAAUUUUGAUUUCCAUUUGGAAAUAAAUUUUUUGCUACCUAAAACACUUCCAUGAUUUGGGACUUUAUCAAAGCUUGUUUUAAUAUCUUCUUUUUCCAUGAUUUGUGAAUGAUUUUUUUUUCUGGAAGAAUUCAAAUUACUCUACUUCGCCAUUUUAUUCUCUUCAAUAAGUUUUUCUGUACUUUUUAGUAUUACUUUCAUCAUCAAAAGUCAUUCACUAGAAAAAUGCAACCAAAAAUUAUUGUUACUAACAUUACAAUAUGUAGAAUAAGGUAUCUAGUAUUCUGUCCUGAUCCACUCUGUAUUUUAGCAGUUGCAUUGCCCAUUUCAGUUUUCAGUGUAUCAUAUUGUGUACUAUUCACCUCUUUUCCUCUCCUAUCUUUUUCCAAAAAUAUACCCCUGUUGGCCCUGUUGGAUUCUUUCUGCCCACGCAUCCAGCAGCGGGGUUUAAAUACAAAUCCCUUCCAGUUUUCGGGAUUAGUUUUGAAGAAAAGUCUUUCGCGGUAUCAGAACCUUUAACGUUUGGGGUAUUUAGUGAAUAAUAGUGAUUUUUUGCAUAUUUCAGUUGUCUAAAGAUCAAACCUCUUAAACAAUGACAUCAAAACUGACACUCGUCCUAGCAACAGUGCUAAUGCUAACAUUUUUAAUAAGUGAACAUACAACGCAUGCAAGAUACUUACCAACAAGAUCAAAUGGCGACAGAAUCGAUAAACUACGAGAAUUAUUAAAAGAUCUUCUAGAGUCUGAACUGGAAAAAGAGGAAACGGACACGCAAAGAUGGAGACCGGACAGCAAAUAUUUGGUAAAAAGAGAUACGCAACCUCACAAAAUAACUAUUAAAAGUGCUUAAAUAAACUCAACUUCAAAUACGACUAAUGACGACUUAAAAGCAAUGGCCUGGACAUAAUGAAACAAUAAUGUAGUAAUAAAUUUAAGUGACAAUAAAACUUUUUAAUUAAUAUUAAUAUUGUCUCAAUAAUUUUGUAAAAAGACAUUAUACAUACAAAGGGUAUCAAACAAAAAUAGCUUUUGCAGAUGCUUGUAGAAAUUUGGUAUCUAUAUAUUUCAAAUAUAUUUUUACACAAAGCUGUUAUUGCUGAGUAUUUUUUGAAUAAAAUAAAUUUUUUCUUAUGAUAAUUAUAUAGGUGUUGGGAUAGAUAGAUUAUAUAGAUAUUUUUAUCACAUUUCAAACUAUUUAUAGGUAUAAGGUAAUCCAUUUAGCUUUUAUAAAAUUUGGUUUAUUAAAAAUGACAUUUUGCUCUAAAAAAAGAUAGAUGAAUUUUAUUUUCUAUAGAUCAAUUAUCAAGUGCAAUUAUUAUUAACAUUUUAUGCAAAGUGUCAUUUUUAUUUUACCUUCGAUAAUACUUAUAUAAAAUUUCUCUCGGGCUUUAAUAACACUUUAUAAUAUGUAUAUUAGAUUUAGAUGUUUCUUCCAAUAGUUUUAAAAUAUUCUGGUCUCUUUGUAUGUAUAAUUAUUGUUUGGAUAAAUGUAAUAAAUGCAAGAAUUUCAA